AUGUCGGACAAGAUGGCGGCGGCCGCGGCCUCCCCUCAGCCGCAGCCGGGGCCCGGCCCGCCGGCGGCGGAGGCGGAGGGCGGGGGCCCGCGCGGCGGCGGGGCGGAUGGGGAGGCGGAGGCGGAGGAGUUCGGGUGCCCGGCGCACUGCUCCGACCUGGCCUGGCGGCAGAAGCAGCAGCGCCGCCACGGCCUCUACUGCGACAUCACUCUGGCCUUCGGCGGGGGGCGGCCCGGGGCGGCCCGCGAGUACCGGGCGCACCGCUCCGUCCUGGCGGCCGCCACCGAGGACUUCACGCCGCUGCUCUCGGGGGGCUUCGCGGAGUCGCGCUCGGGCCGCGUGGAGCUGCAGAAGUGGAACUCGGAGGGCGGCCCCGACCCCGACACGGUGGAGGCCGUCAUCGGCUUCAUGUACACCGGCACCAUCCGCGUCAGCCCCGGCAACGUCCACGAGGUGCUGGAGAUGGCCGACAGGUUUCUGCUGACCCGGUUAAAAGAGUUCUGUGGAGAGUUUCUGAAGAAGAAACUCAACCUCUCCAACUGCGUGGCGGUGCACAGCUUAGCCCACAUGUAUUCCUUGAAUCAGCUGGCCCUCAAAGCUCAGGAUAUGAUCAGGAGAAACUUCCACAAAGUUAUCCAAGAUGAGGAGUUUUACACUUUGCCCUUUCACCUCAUCAGAGGCUGGCUGUCAGACUCGGAGAUCACAGUGGACUCUGAAGAAAUCCUCUUUGAGACUGUUUUGAAGUGGGUUCAGAAAAAACCUGAGGAAAGAGAAAGGUACUUUGAAGAUCUCUUUAAACUGCUUAGACUGUCUCAGAUGAAACCCACUUACCUUACUCGCCAUGUCAAAUCAGAAAGGCUAGUAUCGAGUAACGAAGCCUGUGUUAAAUUAGUGUCUGAAGCCGUGGAGAGUCAUGCCUUGCGGUCUGAGAACUUGCAGUCUGGUAAUCUACAACAUUCCACUUGUCCAGUAGCAUCGUUGCCACGUUUUGGACAAAAUAUGGACGUCAUUAUGGUGAUUGGUGGUGUGUCGGAGGGAGGAGAUUACUUAAGUGAGUGCGUAGGGUAUUUCAUCGAUGAAGAUAGGUGGGUAAACUUACCGCACAUACAUAAUCAUCUUGAUGGGCAUGCUGUUGCUGUGACAGAAUCUUAUGUUUAUGUGGCUGGCUCCAUGGAACCAGGGUUUGCCAAGACUGUAGAAAGGUACAAUCCAAACAGAAAUAUUUGGGAGCAAGUCUCAAAUCUAAUAACCAGAAAGCAUUCUUUUGGCCUUACUGAAGUUAAAGGAAACUUGUACAGUAUUGGUGGACAUGGCAAUUUCAGUCCUGGCUUUAAAGAUGUAGCCAUUUAUAAUCCUGAGCAAGACAAAUGGCUUAACCUGGAGUCAGCACCAAAGAUUCUUCGUGAUGUCAAAGCUGUUUCUGUUGAAGACCGGUUUGUUUAUGUUGCUGCUCGUACCCCAGUUGACAGUGAUAGCGAAGAUGGCUUGAGGGCGGUUAUUAUCAGAUACGAUGCUGAAACAAGGCAGUGGCAGGAUGUGGAGUCUCUGCCGCUCAUUGAUAAUUAUUGCUCUUUUCAGAUGUCUGUCGCUAACACAAACUUUUACCAUACAGCAUCGUGCUGCCCCAAGAGUUACCCUAUAGAUAAUGAGGAAGCUAAGGUAAAGAUCUCUGGCAGGGCGUCCGAUGAAAUCCUGGAAAGUUUACCCCCAGAGGUUCUUAGUAUUGAAGGAGCAGCUAUUUGUUAUUAUAAAGAUGAUGUUUUUAUCAUUGGGGGGUGGAAGAACAGUGAUGAUAUUGACAAGCAAUACAGGAAAGAGGCCUAUCGUUACUGUGCUGAGAGAAAGCGCUGGAUGCUUUUGCCUCCUAUGCCUCAGCCUCGCUGCAGAGCAACAGCCUGCCAUGUGAGAAUUCCCUUCAGGUGCUUGCAGGGAACACAAAGAUACCCUAUGCCACAAAAUUUGAUGUGGCAAAAAGAUAGAAUAAGGCAAAUGCAGGAAAGGCAGAUGCAGGAAAUGCACCGACACUCCCUGAGCUUACGGAGAAUGCCACGGUCACAGAUUGAGUGCUAA